GUUGAAUAUUUUCGUGUUGGUUGGAAUGUUUGGCUCAAAGCGGCUACAACCAGGUCCCUCAGCACAACUUUGCAUGACUUAAUCGAAGGUUCCGAAUAUAAGUUUCGUGUAAAAGCUGAAAACCCUUAUGGUGUGAGCGACCCUAGUGAGGAGUCGGAAAUUCUUUUUAUACCUGAUCCAAAGCGUGGCAUUACGAAACCUAAGUCAGAAACCAAGCUAACCGAAGAAAAAAGCAAAGCUGCACCUCCACGCCGUAAAGCACUUUCACCACAACGUCCGCACGUAGAUGCAGCGACGGAAAUAUCACCUGGAGCGCUGCGAAAACCAAGACCGCAGUUGCUGGAUACCGAAGAUCUGCAUCGGGAAAUGUCUUACGGCACGCCCGACAAAGUUCUAAAGUUGGACGUACGGCGUAGUCCGUCAAAUAACAAAACGUCAAAACCUUCAACACCAGACCCACCGCACACGAACCUAUUGACAUUGGACACCAAGCCUACGCCCACACCGUCACCAACAUCGCCAACUCCCAAAUCAGCACAGCGUUCUCCGCUGACAGAAAAGAAAACUAUGCCCCACUUUUUGCAACAAUUGCUUCCAUCCAAGGAUAAAUCACCAUCACCAUCGAAACAAAAGAUUACACCAACUUUGAAAUAUCACGUUCAUCAUUACGACGNCAGAACCCCCGCUCUACAACGUAGUGCUGAGCCAGUGCAACUAGGCGUAAAUCAAUUGGUGCGACGUCGCUCCGGGCACAGUUUAAGUCCAGCAAAAAAUGCUCCUUCUUUAGCGGUCGCCAUAGCUACGGGAGCAAUGGGAACAAUGGACAUAGAGAAAGAAACGUCUCCCCUACUAAGCAGGAAAGUUCGCAAGGAAAUUGAUGAAAGAGCCGAGCGAAACAAUUAUCAGGAGCGUCAAGAGGAGCUUAUAAGAUAUGAAAGGGCUGAAAAAAGUGAACGAAUGGAGCGAAGAAAAAAUUCAGCAAAUCUAACGGAGCAA